AUGGCGUCUUUUGCUGCCUCCCCUGUUUCAUUCGCCCCAUCCUCUUGCUCCCUCAACCAAAAUCAGGUUUCAAAUCUGAGGAAGGCUUCAUUUUCGUUCAGUGGAAAGGCCUUCCCUUCUCAUAGAUUACCGGCCCUUCGUUUCAAAGUUGCAUGCGCGGCCAAACCAGAGACCGUGAAGAAAGUGGUCGAGAUUGUGAAGAGUCAGUUGGCUCUUGAUUUGGAUCUUGAUGUCUCUGCCGAGACGAAGUUUGCGACUCUUGGUGCUGAUUCUCUUGACACGGUUGAGAUAGUGAUGGGACUUGAGGAGGAGUUUGGCAUUAGUGUCGAGGAAGAAAGUGCUCAAAGCAUCGCAACCAUACAAGAUGCGGCUGAUCUCAUCGACAAACUCUUGGAGAAGAAGUGA